UGGCAAAGUUUAAAAGAUGGUCUGUUUUUUUCUUUUCCUGCUCUUUUUUGGCCAGGUUGUUCAGAGCCUAAGAAUCUGCUCUUUCAACGUGAGAUCAUUUGGAGAAGCUAAGAGAAAAAACCCAGGAAUCAUAGAGGUUAUUGUAGAGAUUAUAUCUCGCUGUGAUAUUAUGCUACUAAUGGAAAUAAAGGACAAUAGGAACAGAAUAUGUCCCUUUCUAUUAGAGAAACUAAAUGGACAGUCAGAAGGACCAUACAGGUUUGUGGUCAGUAACAGGUUAGGAAGAAGGAAUUACAAGGAGCAAUAUGCUUUUUUCUACAGAUCGGAAAGUGUCUGUGUGAAGCAAAUCUAUCAGUAUCCUGAUCUGCAGCCAGGUGAUGAAGAUGCCUUUUCCAGAGAACCUUUUGUUAUUUGGUUCAACUCUCCAAGAACAGCGGUCAAGGAAUUUGUGAUCAUCCCAAUACACACAACGCCUGAAAUGGCUGUGAAAGAAAUUGAUGAACUCUAUGAUGUGUUUCUGGAUGUCAUGUUGCGCUGGAAGACCAAGAAUUUCGUAUUUAUGGGAGACUUCAAUGCUGGCUGUGGCUAUGUGGCAAAGAAGCAGUGGAAAAAUAUCCGAUUACGAAAUCACACUGACUUUGUUUGGAUAAUUGAUGAUAAAAACGACACAACUGUGAAAUCAACAACACACUGUCCCUAUGACAGGAUUGUGCUCCAUGGGGAGACGCUUAUAAAUAGCACCACGCUGGGCUCAGCCAAUAUCUUUGAUUUUCAGAGUGCCUUCUCCAUGACUGAAGAACAGGCCUUAGCAGUGAGCGAUCACUUCCCAGUAGAAUUCCAGCUGAGAACAACCAGACGUUCCUCAGGAAGAAUAGCCAGAUAUUGUAGAACUCUUGUAUAAUAAAUCCCGUCAAAUGUC